AGUGAUAAAUUACAGGGAUUAAAAGAAUUAUGCAGCUAAAUAGAUUUCAUUAAACUUAUUUUCAGAAAAGUUGUUUUAAAGACUAUAAUAAUUAAAUCAUCCAAACAUUGUCAAAGUAUUCGAAUAUGAGAUUAGUAAUAANGAAUACAAAAUUAUAGUAAAAUUAGAAAAAGGUUGAAAAAUUGGAAAUAUCAGUGUAAGAAUUAAGUAUUUAGAAAGAAUAAAAUGGAAAGUAAUUAGAAUAAUAGGAGAUAAAAUUGAAAUCUUAGUAAUAAGAAUUAGAAUAAUUAAGAGAGAAUUAUAAUUUAUUAAAGAAUCAAAUAAAUUCUUUAAAUCAAUAAAUUGCUCAAUAUGAAUUGGAUAAGGAAAAGUUAAAUAAAGAGAUUAAAUAAUUAUCAAAUCAGAAUUAAAAUUAUCUGAAUUAAGUUCAAAAGUAUUAGGAUUAUAUAAAUUAAUAGUAGCAAGAACUUGAAAAAAAUAUAAUAUAGAAUAGAAGCAUAGUGAUAAAUGAUACAUAAGGAUAAUAAUUAGAAGCAGAAUUGAAAAUUCUAUAAGUAAAAGUAUGUAUUAAUUAUAAUAUAAUUAAAUUAGUUGGUGUAACAAUUGAAUUAUUACAAAUAAUUGAUUUAGGAUAAAAAGAAUCAAGAAAUAAGAGCCAAGAUUAAUGAGGAUUUAGAUUAGAUAAAAAAGGAUUAUGUAAUGGCUUUUGAGAAGAUAGGUAUAUUAAUAAGAGGAAUAGAUGAUUUAGAAAAAGUUAAUGGGCCAAAAAAUUAGUAAAUAAAUGAUAUUAUGAAUUAGAAAUGAGUUAAAUAAAUCAAUAGCAGGAUUGAAAGAUUUUAUAUCAAAGUUUGCAAGUACAAUAUUGAGGGAUAUUAAAUGA